AGAACUGAUAAAGACCAGUAAAAACUAUGCACAUGAGCAGAAGAAGAAUAUGCCACAGCAACAAAAACAACAUCAGCAGCUACAACAGCAACAAGCUUCAAAUACCAUGAAUAUGCCCAUCGAUGAUAUUGAAAUGGAUCUACUCAGGGCACUCUCAUCAAAUCAAAUACACAUAAUGUUCGUUUUGACUACAUUGAUGAUAUCAACGAAAGAUCGUGCUUACAUGUUGUAGCUAUGAAUGGGAGAUUAGAUAUUCUAGAAGCGAUAUGCCAACAUUCUAACUUCACCAAUACUUGCACAACUACUAUUAACGUCAGAGAUAUCUAUGGAAGAACGCCAUUACAUUAUGCUGCGAUGAAAGGUUACGAUGAUUGUGUGUCCUAUUUGCUGGAUCAACAUGCAGACAUCGAAGCUAGAGAUUUAGAUGGAUUUAGCCCCUUAGUAUGUGCUAUCAUUAAUGGACGCACCGUUUCAGUUGAUAUUUUGCUUAAUGCCGGUGCUAAUAUCGAGCCUGAAAACGACAAAGAUCAUAUACCUUUAUCAUUAGCUUGCUUUUACGGCCAUACAGAUAUUGCACUCAUGUUAUAUCAUCGUGGUGCGAAAACGAGAUGUGAUAGAGAAUUACUUUAUCCACUGCAUCUUGUUGCACAAAAAGGUCAUGUUGAACUAUGCCGUAUUCUUUCCAAAGACCACGAAUACUUGGAUAAACCUGAUAUUUAUUACAAUUGGACACCAUUGUUUUGGGCUGCCAAUUAUGGACAUAUAGAAUGUGUCAGAAUCUUGAUUUCUGAAGGGUGUCAGUUGAACUUGAAGGAUGGCAAUGGAAAGACAGCAUUGCAUUAUGCUGCUUGGGAAGGACAUACAAAAUGCGCGCAACUCAUGAUGGAUGCUGGAUGUCACGGCAAUGUGGAUGCAUUUCCACCUAAAGAAAGCAUAUACCAGAACAUAGUGAAUGACAUUAAUAAGCACCCGAUCACCCAGCCGCCUUCACUCAAUGACGAUAUUAUAAUGGAAGAGAAUUUGGAUAUACCGUUAGAACUAGACAAUAUUCCGUCGCUGGAACUUCCUCCUCCAAUUAUUCCCUUCCGUAUUUAUGGACACAACUACUUGGAUAAGAAAUAUCAGAUUCACAUCAUGCUAAAACAACCUCCCAUUCGGCUUUAUGAUAACACACCCAUUUCUUCCAUCAAACUUGUUAUAUCUAUGAAACCAGACAUCGGUGUCAUUCCUCAUUCCUUAAUUCUACCUUUAGCUCACCGUCGUGAAAACAUCUAUUUUCAUAUUGAUUCUCUGGACAAUUUCCUGCUAGAGUUUGAUGUUUUGCCAACAUUCGGAAAGCGUAUACUUGGACGCGGUGUACUACCUGUAUGCGACUUUAAAAUUUCCGAAGGUCAUCGAAUAAUUCCAUUAUUAGACACACACUUGAAUGCUGUCGGUGAGCUCGUAUUUGAUUACUGUAUCAUUAAACCGUUUUUGGGCGUGCAGCUUGAAAUUGGUGGACGUAUUGAAACAUAUUGGAAGUCAAAAAUGAUCGGUGCCACUCUUUUAACAGGCGUUACAGAAAACCUUAAACCUGCAACCGCUGUAUCUUCUUUUGUUACUGCGUCGUCGCUAUCCGGUGAUUACGUACAUCUUGUUGUACAAUUGACGAAGGAUCGCGUACCCAUUAUUUUUACUAAUUGGAUGAUACCCUGCGAUGGAUUGGAUUUGGCCGUAUCUGACCUGGCUUUACAUCAAAUAAACCAAUUAGUAGCGAACUUCUUGAGUCAAGGCGUUGGCAAUUUACAUGAUUUUACAGGAAAUGUCUACCUUAUAGACGAUUUUAAACUGGAAAGAGAAGUUCUGACAUUACAAAAAGCCCUUCAGAAAUGGGUGUUCUACUAGAAGUCAAAUACCCUAAUAUAGAUGAGUUAGACAU